AACGUUCCGCCCGUCCUGUAUUCCUGUGCUUGUGUAUGGGAUUUACUAUCCGGGGCGGAGCUGCACUUUCCGGUCUCCUGUCACUGGUGUUAUUUAUCUCGGAGUGCCACAAACCGGGCACAAUGAGUGGGCCGCAGCUCGAGUGAAGCCGGGGGAAGAACGCCGCUUCCGGGUGUACGGAACGCAGCGCAUGCGCGGUCCUCCCCACCAGACCGAGAAAAAGGAGUUAGACCACGAGGAUAAGUUCAUGAAUAUUCAUGAGCCGGGCGGCAGCUCCGCCCAGCUAGAAAGACGUGUGGCCGAGUCCGAGAUGAUAACACCUCCCACUGAGUCCCAAGCCAGGGAAUAACGGAAAACUAAAAAUAUAGAUAUCUUAAGAACCGCUGAACCAUUUUUAACCAGGGUUACAAAACAAUGACUUGAAAAGACAGUAUAUUAUGGAGAGACUACUGGAUGCUGUAAAGCAGUGCCAGAUCAGAUUUGGAGGACGGAAGGAGAUUGCCUCAGAUUCUGAUAGCCGAGUUAUUUGUCUGUGCGCUCAGUUUGAAGCUGUGCUUCAGCAUGGCUUGAAAAGAAGCAGAGGAUUAGCAUUAACAGCAGCAGCAAUCAAACAGGCAGCAGGAUUCUCCAGUAAAACAGAGACAGAACCAGUAUUUUGGGUGUACGUGAAAGAAAUUCUUAACAAACAUGAACUCCAGAGAUUCUAUGCUUUGAAGAACAUAACUACUGAUAUAGGAAGGGGCCGUGCCUGGCUGCGAUGUGCUUUGAAUGAACAUUCCCUGGAACGUUAUGUACACAUGCUGCUGGCAGAUCCAAACAGGCUUAGUUUCUUCUAUGAAGACUGGUCAUUUAUUUUAGAUGAGGAACGUUCCAGCAUGCUUCCUACCAUGGCAGCUGGUCUGAAUUCAAUUCUGUUUGCUAUAAACAUUGAUAAUAAGGAUCUUAAUGGACAAGCAAAAACUGUUCCUACGGUGUCUCACCUUCUGAAGGAGUCCACCCAGAAUGUCACCUCUUUGCUGAAGGAAUCUACACAAGGUGUAAGCAGUCUCCUUCGAGAGAUCACAUCAUCAUCCGCUGUCUCUAUUUUAAUUAAACCAGAGCAGGACUCUGACCCCCUACCAGUGCUUUCCAGAAGUCUUACAUCAGAUGGCAAAGCUAAAAAGGAUCGAAAAAAGAAGAAGAAAAUGUCGACUAUCAUUUCAUUUGAUGAUGACGGGGAUAUGGAAGAUCUGCAUCUGGCGGGGGGUUCAAAGACUACAGUGAGUGGCAUGGAGAGUUCAGAGGAGCAUUCUGACAGGUCCUCGGCUGCUCUUUCUAACUCUGAAGCACAGUUUGAAUUGAACUUAAAUGACAAAGAAAAUGCAGAUAGCUCCUGGAGAAAUGAACCUUCAUGUGUUAAUGGAGAUUUCUGCUAUAGAAAACUGGACGUGAAGAGCAUAGAUGAUGAAGACUUGGAUGACUAUGACACAUAUGAAACACAAUCUGUCAGCAAGUCAGAAGUUAGAAAUGAGAGUGUUUCCGCUGAACAGACCCCCGUAGGAAGCUCAGAAAAUCCUCAAGUUUGUUCUUGGACACCUUUACAAGUCUUAGAUACCAACUCUGACGUCUUAUUUCCUGUAAAUGCUGCAAGUUCCUAUACUCACUCAGAUUCUGCAUUGAAUAAUUUACCAUAUGGCGAUGAAAGUGUCAAUGCUGUCCUUGCUGUAGAGUUGGCUCAGAGGGGAUCAGACAUCCAGUUCAGUAUGGAAGCCAGUCCACCAGCACCUGUGACAAAAAUAAACAGUGUACUGCCUGCAGAGGCGGGAGCAGACUCGAUGACAAUAAGUGAACUCCGUCAAGCUGUUGUGCUCAUGAUGAACAGGAAAGAUGAACUUGAAGAGCAGAAUACAUCACUGAGAAACUUGCUUGAUUCAGAGAUGGAACAUUCUUCAGCACUCAGGCUGGAAAUUGACAACCUGAGGAAGAAAGUGGCAGAACAGGAGGAGCGGCAUGCCGCAAAAAUUCAAGCUUUGGCAAGGGAAAAUGAGGUAUUGAAAGUCCAGCUGAAGAAAUAUGUUGGCGCGGUACAGAUGCUGAAGAAAGAGGGGCAAAAUGACACAUAUCCAAACCUGCGAAAUAUUGAUGGAGAAAUUCUUCCUGAAGUAAAGCCAGCGGUGGAUCAUGAUGAGUUGGCCAUUUCAUAUGAACGGAAGCUCAUAGAGGUCGCUGAAAUGCACGGAGAGUUGAUUGAAUUCAAUGAAAGGCUACAUCGCACUCUCAUCGCAAAAGAGGCGCUCGUAUCACAAAUGAGACAAGAACUUAUUGAACUCAGAGGACCGGUCCCCGGAGAUUUGAGUCAAACUUCUGAAGACCAGAGUUUGUCAGACUUUGAAAUAUCACACCGUGCCCUUAUAAAUGUUUGGAUACCCUCUGUAUUCCUGAGAGGUAAAUCUACCCACGCCUUUCAUGUCUAUCAGGUUUAUGUCAGAAUUAAGGACGAUGAAUGGAACAUUUAUAGGAGAUAUGCUGAGUUCCGGAGUUUACAUCACAAACUACAGAGCAAAUAUCCACAUGUGAGAACCUUUCACUUUCCACCAAAGAAAGCUAUUGGGAAUAAGGAUGCAAAGUUUGUAGAAGAACGACGGAAGCAACUCCAAAUUUACUUAAGAAAUGUCAUGAACAAAGUCAUACAGACAGUGCCAGAGUUUGCUGCCAAGCCUAAUAAAGAAAGCUUAAUACAACUAAUGCCAUUUUUUACAGAUAUUCAAGGCAGUGGAGAACAAGGUGGCAAAAGCAGUCGAUCCAAAGUGGCUUCUCGAUUUCCGAAAUUAUCUCGGAGUCACCAGAGAGAGUCGCGGAACCCUGAACCUCAGAGUGGAGACCUCUGAUCGCUUUGUUCUAUGCUCAUCCCUAACAAUAAAUGGGAGACUAAAAACUGAACUCAGUAAAUCAGCUCCUGACUAGAUAGAAAUAGGUCAUAUUAUCAUGUCUGGAAUCUUCUAGAACAGGAUCCCCACCUCUUUUGAACAAAUCAUCAGAUUCUAGAUUCUUUCUGUGACUCAUGCAAUGACCAUUACUUCUCGGUUUCACUUUAUCUUGCACAUUGCUGACUAAUGUUACAGGGUCACCUGACGCAUGCUAAGUAUAAUCGGUUCCCGAUUUUUCCGUCUUUACAUCAUGAUGGAAACACACUUAUGACAAAUGGUCUGUAUCAAAGGAUCAUUGUUAAAGGAGAACUCCGGAAUAUAAAAAUUGUCGCCCAUACUGCC